CAAGGAAAUUUCUUGGAUACCCUCCCUCCACUGUAAUCGCCAAUAAUUCAGGAGUCGAAAGAGUCAAACCAUUAAUCAGAAGUAUAAAUUUUGUUUUUGCACAAGACAAAAGUCAGGCUACGCGGUAUAAGACAACCAAAGUAGAUCGAAACCCCUAAAACUAAGAUUGGAAACUGGAUGAGAGUUACAGGUUGAGAGCAACAAAAUGGGUAGACUGGGCUGCAACGUCGACGGCGACCUGAAUGAUCAGAAAUUCAGUGAACCCAUGCCUUGGAUUGGAAUCUAUGUGGCUGCAGCUUGUCUGGCCUGCCUAAUUGCAAUGGCUGCGGAUGUCAUCCAUGGUUUCCGACACCGGAAGUUCUGGUUCCCCUGCAAAUUCUUCUCUAUCAACGCAACUUCCCUGACCUUGAUAGGUGUAGCAAUCAAACUCUCAGUUGAUCUAAACACCCCGAUGCCUCGCCGCCAGGAUCAGCUUGCUAAACUUAGCAGUGCCGUCUUCAUCUGUACGGUAAUGGGUAACUCUAUGCCUUCUUUUGGAAUUAUGGAGAACGAAGAAAUCUGUAUGAAUAUUAUGGCUUUGGCAAUACUAGUUAUCACAGUUAUUGUGAAUAUCUGUAUGCAAUUAGCUACUGGGGCUAUCUUUGUCUUCUGGAAAGAGCAUGCUGCCAUCAUGUUUCUCAUGCUUCUUUUGCUUGUCAUCUUGAGCUUUACUGCUUUAACAGUUCCGACUAUAAAGCAUUAUCUUGAAUACAAGUAUAAUAAGAAGUAUGAAUUGGCUCUAACAGAAUGUGCCGAUAAAACUGAUAAGACAGUUGUUUGCAAGCUUAGAAAGGAUCUGAUAAAAUAUUGGAUGAUGGCUCACACCUGUAGCCCCCAGUUUGUGAUUGGGCGGUCAGUUACAUGCACAGCUUCUGGAGCAUUAUGUGUCUUGAGUGCCAUGAUUUUAGCAGAAGCCAUGUUUCGAUCUUACUUUCUGCUUGGCUCAUUUGAAUUUUGCAUUGGUGAUUCUGACUACAAAUGGUCAACCACCCUAGUUCUCAUUACGCAGACUACUGCUGUAGCAGUUGGUACCAUUGCCCCAGCAAUUAGAUGGUUAUUUGCCAUUAAAUUCAGAUGCCCAAAACGAGGUAACACCAGCUACAAAGAUGAAUUGUUUAAAGUAGAAAUGUACUGGAUCCAGAUACUAUUAGAGAUGAAAGAUUACCCGUUAAAAUCUAAAAUCUUUAAGCUCCAUAGCAGGCGCUGCAGAAGAGCCGCUCAUGCUGCAAAAAUUCAAUUUUUGGACUUAUGCAUAGCAUUGCAGACUUCAAUUGUAGUAAUAAGCAAGGUGAUUCGAUUCAUUUCCAUUUUCCUUGUAAGUCGAGUCUUGAUAUGCUGUGACUGUUGCAUAGAGUUGAAGAAAAAGUUCAAAUUCAGUAACACUGUUUCAAGUUGCUCAGAACCAGCUUCGCAAUCACAUGACAAACUGGAUCUUAGUCGAUAUGUUUUGCAUCUUGAAGGUGAAGAUGCACUUGUUGAGGUAAUGAUGAGGAACAAUUUUGAUGCUACUGAUCAUUGGCUUGAGAAGGGGAAGAAACGAGAGCCCAAAUUUUUGAUAAAAAUGUUAGAGAAUUCUUCAAAAGGAUUCAGGGGUGUGGCAGAGUUUGACAGUGACCAAGUUCCUUCUCUAGUUUGCGAAGAACCUACAAAUAGUUGGGCUCUUCCUGUGGUGACCCUAACAAGUAUUGCACUUGCUCUUCCAGAUGUUAAACUUUGCUCAAGGAAAGAUUUGAUAUGCGGUGUCAAUGAAGGCCUUUUAUAUGUGAAAAAAAUGGAGAAACUCCUGGACAAAAGUGCCAAACUGGCCAAUAUCAAGAAGGCAGCAGAAGUUAUAUGGACAGGAGUAGAUCUUUAUCACAAAUGGCUAGACGUGGAUCUCCAUAAACUAUCACUUCAAGGGACAAGCCCGAAGGAAAUACUAGAAGAACUUGCAGAAACUGCAAAAAACAAGUUUUUGGAACUGAAGAAUGAUAAGAAAGCCUGCUUGAAGGAGAACCCUUUGAAAUGGCCCACCAAAGUACUGGCUGCCAAUUCCAUGUACAGAAUAAGUUGCAAUAUUCUGCUAAUUUACGAAAGCAGAAGCCACCUCGCUGGAGAGCAACUAUUUGAAGCAAUAAGUGACAUGAUCUCUGAUAUACUAGGUGCUUGUUUGACUAAUUUUCAGCAAGCAAUAUCAAUCAAGUGUUUGAGCAGUGCCAUAGAAACGAGAGAAGACAGUGUGAGGCAUGCAGUUUUUGCUCUUGGGAGAACCAUAAAGAUCCUGAAAAUUCUAGAACGUAAAGCACUACCAAGUUUGGAAACUCACCAAAUGGCAUCCAUCGACGAGUGGCGUCUGCUAAACAAGCAAAAGAAGACUUGGCCCUUCACCACAUCAUCAGCCGUGGGGGACACACUUUCUUCCAGCUCAAAUGAUAUCUACCUAGCCAUCGACUAGAACUUUCAAAACCUGAAGUUGAAAACAGAACAACUGAUUCCCAUAUUAGUAAAAAGCUUAGUUGAAGAUCUUUUCCUUGCCAUAUUUUGUGUAAAUAUUUUUAGUGUAAUUGAGGUUUCCGUAUAAAAGUUUCAACGAUAUUUAGUUUUGAGUAA